AUUUUGACAUAAAGCAUGUUUUUCUCUUUUUACACAGGACCUUCAGCAUGGAGAGCCAGAAAAGAGCCAGAAGGGAAGAGAAUGAAAAUGGAGGAAUCUGCUCUACUGACUUUGCCCAGCGUUGAUCAGCCCCCAUCAGCAGUGGAAGUAUUCAUUCCAGAAUUGGUUGAAAAAUGUGCUGAGGAUGAGACCAAAGAUGAGUACAGGUUUCUGUGGACUCAUGCUGGUCAGUUUAAAUGCAAAGUGACCAAGCUUAUGAUUGAGAUGGAAGGGGAAGGGGAAGUGCUGUACAGAAUAGUGUCCUGGGACAGCUGUCCGCUGGAUGUAUUGGGCCAAAAGGAGCAUGCAGGACCUCUGUACAGUAUUAACUGCCAUAAAGGUUCAAUCAGGAAACUACAUCUUCCACAUUGUGAGACCCGUAAAGAUGAUGUAAAACUGACCGUGGCACAUAUGACUGGUGGUAAUGUGGAGAUCAUUCAGCCACUACAAGUAACAGGCACACAUGUUAUCAUAGCCGUUCAAGGUUUCUCACUCUUCGGUCUCUUAAGAGACCUGAAAUUCAAAGAUUAUCCUAUUGAAGCCCAGGUUCUAGUGUUCGAUAUGAAUUUGAAAGGCAAGCACAGGAAAAAUAAACUGCACAUGCACCUUUUGCCAGGGAAUGUGCCAGCUGAAGAGGUGAAAAAGCAAGAGUGCAACAUGAGCAUGAGUGCUUGUUGCCAGCCAUACAUUGCAUCAAGAGCUACAUGUAAUCUGACUCCUGGUAAAGAAUACCGGCCUGUUUCUACAAAUACUGACCAUAAGAUUACAAUCCAACCAGAGGUUAAGAAGUUUAAGAGUAACUAUGGCCCAAACUAUCACCCUACAUUUGAGGUAUUCCUCAAUACCGACGUUGAUGAAGUCACUUUAGGUCUUUUGGAUAAAAAUAAGAAGGAGGUGUGGUCUCGCCUGGUCUUGCUUACAGAUACAGAAGCAGCCUCAUCCAAAUCAGAUACAACAGGUGCUGACUUUAUGAAAAAACACUGAUUCAGAGAGUAAUGAAGACUGCUGACCUGCUAAUCGGCAAGAACAUGAUUAGUGAUGAAAUGUACCGUAAAAUAAAUGUAUCUUCAUUAACAUCACAACAGCAAAUGAGGAUUUUGUACAGCGUUAUCGAGGCCGAUAAAAGAGCUGCAAAAGAAGUCUAUGAAUUCCUUAAAGAAAAAAUGCCAGGCCUAGUGGAUGAUUUGGAAUCUGGUUUGUGCUCGGCAUAGUGGACCUUCUUUCUUUUUGUUAUAAUUUGUAUUUGGAUCAGCAUCGUAAAUGCAUUUAUUCUAUUAUUAAGUAGUUUGAUGCAGUUUCCUUAUAUGACAUAUCUUCUCUGUCGCUUAUUAAAGUAGCAUUACCUGAACAAUGUUUUUUUACAUUUGUUUUUACAUAAGUGAAAAAUUAUAGUAGUACAUGAACAUGCUAAAUUCAUUUUUACCAUACAGUAUAUCUACUGUAAUUUUAUUGCUGUUUUUAAAUAUUCGUGUCUGUAAAUCCUGACAUUGAGUCAUGCUCUAUGUUUAGUUUGGGCAUAGUCCAGUCACGACAAUGAAUAAAAGCAACAACGAAAAAUAAAAGCAAAAAAAAAAAAAAAAAAUUUUUUUUUUUGAAACUGAAAGAUUCUUCAGGAUAAGUAAAUGAAACAGCAUGCAGUAAACAAUAACACAGAUAUUGUACAGGCAUCAGGAAAACAUGUAAACUUUACAGAAAAUGGGCCCCAUCAACUCUAUAACUCUACUUAUAUUUUGUAAGUAGAGUACAGUCCGGUCCAUAAAUUUUGGAACAAUAGUAAGCAUAUGGCUGUUGCUGGGAGUCUGAAACAUUAGACCCUGCCACUGAUUAUGAUGACUAUCAGAUUUAAUUAUUUCAUGUUUGUCUGACUACUGACCAUGAAAAAAAAGAAAUAAUGCAUGAAAUAAAUAUUGAAAUAAAUAAUUUAAUAAAACAGUUCAGUCUUAGAGCGGUAUGCUUGCCCUAACAUCCGGAGAUUUCUAGUUAGAUUUCCAUUUUAUGCUGUAGCCUCUCGCAGCCAGGGGGCCUGAAGAAAGCUGAUUGGCCAAGAUCCCUCAGAGGGAUGGAUAGGAUGUGAGGUAUUUUGCGCUCUUACUUUAAUCACGGCUCUACAGCCAUUCAAGGGUGUCUGUGACCUCAUGCAAGCGAAAGGACUGAAAGCGCUGUCCUUCAAGUGUUUUGCCGCCCCCAAUGGCGAGCAGUUAAAAAAAAAAA